AUGGAACUGAAUGAUGAGCUGGAGCAGGAGAAACAGGCAGGAAGCUCCCUGGAGGUCGGAGUGGGCUUGACCCAAGCUGAAGUGGAGCACAGGAUGGCAUUGCAAGAUGAGGGCAUGCUGCUGCACAAGCAGCUGGAGGAGAAAGUAAAGAUGUUGGAGGACCAGAGCGCAGAGGUGGCCUCCAGAAAUGCAGAACUCCAGGAGAUCCUGGAGGUAGAGAGGACUGACAAACAGAACGCUCUGAACCAGGUAUACCAGGAGCUGAAUGACACACAGAAGAAACUGUCAGUUUGCCAGGAGUCAGUAGAAAUGAUCAGUCGUCAAAAAAGGAAGCUUGAGGAGGAAAACCUGCAUAUGCAGAAGGAUAAGAGUAUGCUAGAGGAAAGACUGCAGGAGAUAAUACUCCAAUAUGAACAAUCAAUGCGCUGUAUCCGGAGACAGAGGGGUGCCUUAAACACUAAGGAGCUUAAGAUGAAGCAACUGGAAAAGUCUGUACAACAGCUGCAGAUUGAGAAAACCACAUUGCAGGAGGGAGCCACACAUCAGAACAGUCUUGAGGAGGAAAAACUGGACAUGCAGAAGUAUAUCAGCAAGCUUGAGGGGAUGCUGCAGGAGAGUGAGAACAAGUAUGUACAAUCGAAGCAUGCCCUGGAUGACAAGGAGAAUGAGAUUAUUGACUGUUCCCAGAAGCUGCAGGAGUAUCUGACAACCUCCACAGACAUGAAAAAGACCAUCAAACAGUUGGAGGAGUCUGUGCAGCAGCUGAACUUUGAAAACGCUGAAAUGAAGGAGGCAGCCAAACAGCAGAGCAGCAGAAGCAUCAUACGUGAGAGGGAGGCUGAGGAGGCCACAAAGCUGAGGAUAUUGGAGCAACGAGAGAAACAAAGUGUGUUGUCCACAAAUGCAGGGACACAGCUGAGGGAGACUGAGGCAAGGCUGCUAGAUGAAAAUGAGUAUGUUAAAGAACCGCAAGCAGCCUUGCAGGAGCAGCGGGAACUGUUGCUAAAUGAGUGUAUGAUGUUCCGUCAGAAGCUGCAGGAGGCCCAGGACAAUGCAGAGAUAAAACAGCAGAAACUGAAAGAACUGCAGGAUUCCUUAAAUAGCACACUGGCUAAAAUGCAAGCCUACAAUGAGGAGAAGAUACAGAUGACAGAGGAGAGAAACAAAGAGUUGGCCUCUAAAGAUGCAGAGCUCCAGGAGCUUCUCAAUGCUCUAUGGAAACUACAGCAGGAACAUGUUGACACAGAAGCUGUGAAACUGUUGAAGUGUAAGGCAUCACUUGAGGACAAAACUAGCCUUUGCAGUGAUAUCCAAGAGGAAAAACUUUGCAUGCAGAAGGACAUGGAUUCGCUCAAACAAAAGUUGAAAGAGAAGGAGGAGGAAAUUGCACGGUUAAAGCGUUGCCUCCACAACUUGAGGCGCUCCCUAGGCGCAAAGGAUCGUGAGGUUGUGGCUUCCACCAGUAAGUUGCAGGAGGCUCUGUCAAGCACAACAGUCUUGGAAAGAUCUGUCAAUGAACUGGAGGAAUCUGUAAAGCCAUUAGAAAUGGAGGAUGUAGCCAAACGGCAGAUUAGAAGAAUCACCACGCUGCAGAAGGAGGCUAAGGAGGCUGCAAAGCUGAAGAAAGCUUUGGAGGAACAACAGAAACAAGGUGUGCUGUUCUCAAAUGCAGGGACACAGCUGGGGGAAAUGGAGGCAAGGCUGCUAGAUGAAAAUGAGUAUGUUAAAGAACCGCAAGCAGCCUUGCAGGAGCAGCAGGAGCUGUUGGAAAAUGAGUGUCACACUCUCCGUCAGCAGUUGCAGGAGGCCCAGGACAAUGCAGGGGCGAAAGAGCAGGCACUGAAGGAACUACAGGAUUCCUCAAAUAGCACACUGGCUAAAAUGCAAGCCUACAAUGAGGAGAAAAUACAGAUGACAGAGGAGAGAAACAAAGAGUUGGCCUCUAAAGAUGCAGAGCUCCAGGAGCUUUUGACUGAUCUAUUGCAACUACAGCAGGAACAGGCUGACACAGAAGCACAACUUUUGAAGUGUAAGGCAUCACUUGAGACCAAAAUUCGCAAUUGCAAUGAUAUCCAAGAGGAAAAACUUUGCAUGCAGAGGGCUAUGGAUUCUCUUGUGCAAAUGCUGAAGGAAAAGGAAGAGGAAAAUGGGCAAUUACAGCACUGUCUCCACAACUUGAGGUGCAGCCUAGAUGACAAGGAUCAUGAGAUUGUAGCUUCCUCCGAGAAGCUGCAGGAGGCCCUGUCAGCCACGGUAGUUUUGGACAGAACUAUCAAGCAGCUGGAGGAAUCUGGAGAGCAGACAAAGAUGCAGACUGCAACAUUGGAGGAGCUGGCCAAACAGCAGAGCAGUAGAAUCACCAUGCUAGAGAAAGAGGCUGAGGAGUCUGCGAUGGUCAGGAAGGACUUGGAGGAACAGCUUAAUCAAGAGAUGCAGAAUCGGAAUGUGCUGUUCCUAAAUGGACAAGCACAACUAAAAGAAAUGGAGGCAGUGUUGUAUGAGAGGCAGAAGGUCAGCGAGACUAAAGCUCAGCAAGAGGCCCUUCAGGAUCAGAUAGAGCUGAUGCAAAAUGAGCAGCAGAUGCUACAUCAGCAGCUGGAGGAGUCCCAGAGAAAUGCAGAGAUGAAAGAGCAGGCACUGAGGGACAUGCAGUAUUCCUUAAGAGAGACGCUGGCUGGAAUGGAGGCACACAAUGAGAAGAAGGUACAGGUGUUGGAGAGGAGAUGCAAAGAGUUAGUCUCUCAAAAUGAAGAGCUCCACAGGCGUAUUCAUUGUAAAGAAACUGAAGGAGAGACCACUCUACAGCAAGUUCAACAAGAGCUGAGUAAAAACCAAAAACAACUGUCAAUUUGUGAAGCAUCGCUUGAAGAUAAUGCUCGCCGAUGCAAAUAUCUUGAGAAAGAAAAACUGAGCAUGGAAACAUACAUCAAGAAGCUUGAGGAAAUGCUGCAGGACAGUGAGGACAAAUACAUAAAAACGAAACAUUGUAACAAUAAAAUAAUGAGUGCCCUAGAUGACAAGGACAAGGAGAUUAUGGCCUAUUUCCAGAAGCUGCAGAACUAUCUGACAGCCUCCACAGACCUGAAAAAGACUAUCAUAGAGCUGCAGGAGUCUGUGCAGCAGAUGAAGAAUGAGAACCUCAGACUGGAGGAGGCAGCUAAACAUCAGAAGAAGAGAAUCACCGCAUUAGAGAAGGAAGCUGAAGAGGCCAUGAUGAUGAAGAAAAAUUUGGAAGAAAAACUGACUCUAGAGGUGCAGAAGCAAAAUGUGCUAUUCCUAAAGGCACAGGCACAGGUGAAAGAAAUGGAGGCCAUGCUGUUGUAUGAGAGGCAGAAGAUCAGUAAGGCUAACGCUCAGCAAGAAGCCUUUCAGAAUCAUAUAGAGCUGAUGCAAAAUGAACGCACAAUGCUCCAUCAGCAAUUGAAAGAGGCCCAGGAAAACACAGAGCUGAAAGAGCAGGCAUUGAGGGACAUGCAGAGCUGCUUAAACGACUCUCUGACUAAAAUGAAAGGUUAUGAGGAGAGGACACAAAUGUUAGAAGAGAGGAGCACAGAGUUAGCCUCUAAAAAUGCAGAUCUCCAGGAGCUGCUCAGUUGUAGAGAAGCAGACAGAGAGAGCACUCUUUCUCAGAUGCAGCAGGAACUGUCUGACAGCCAAUCCAAACUGUCAAUUUGUCAGGCAUCACUAAAAGACAGCAAUUACCAGUGUUGUGAGCUUGCAGAGGAAAAAGUACGUAUUCAGAUGGAUAUGAACAAACUUGAACAAAGACUGCAGGAAAGCCAGGACAAGUUUACCCAUUUAGAGGACCGUUUUCACAAUCUGACAUUCACCUUGAGUGACAAGGAGCAAGAGGUCAUCACUUCCUCCCAGAAACUACAUGAGGUCCUCUCAGCCAAUGCUGAAAUGGAGAAGAUGGUCAAGCAGCUGGAGGAGUCUGUGAUCCAACUGGAACGUGAAAAGUCAAGAAUGGAGGCUUCAGUUGAAGAACAGAAGAACAGAAUUACACAGCUGCAGAGCAUGCUAGAGAAAACCACAAUGGUCAAGAAAGAUUCUGAUGAACAGAUCAGUCAGGAUUUGCAGAAGAAAAGACUGCUGACACCAAAUGCUCAUAUCCAACAGAGGGAGAGGGAGUUGUUGGACAUGGAGGAAGAGGCUACCAAAAGUAAGCUUCUGCAAGAUGCCCUGCAGCGGCUGGGGGAGGUGAAAGAAGCAACGAUGCUCCGACAACAGUUGGAUGAGGCCACAAAAAGAGCACAAGAUAAAGAACAGGAGCUAGUGGACAUGCAGGUUCACUUCAGUAACCUGAAAAGGCAAUCUGAUAAUGCAGAGACAUUACCGGUGGUGGAAGAGGACAGGAGGGAGCUGGUCACCAGAAAUGUUGAUCUCCAGAAGCUGCUAGAGUGUGACGCAAGCAAGAGAGAGAGAGUACUACUGCAGGAACUGGCUGGUACAGAGAAGAAACUGUGGUUGUGUGAGCAAUCACUUGAACAGAAGACUCGGUAUUGCAACAAUCUCAAGGAAGAAAAAGUUCAUAUGCAGAUGGAAGUUAAUACACUUACGAAAGUGCUCAAAGAAAGUGAAGGUCAGCAUGCCCAAUUAGUGCACUGCAUCCGGAUACUGAAGAGUACUCUGGAUAGGAGAACUCAGAUGCAGGAGAAUGCCUCUUCCUCCCAAAAGCUGCAACAGGUCUUGCAAUCCUCUGAGAUCAUGGAAAAAAAUGUUUUGCGACUGGAGAAAUCUGUGCUUUUGCUGGAAACUGAGAAUGCCAAGUUGGCAAGCACAGGCAAAGAGCAAACUGACAGGAUUGCAAUAUUGCAGCAGGAGCUUGACAAGGCCAAAGAGAAGAAAACAGAUUUGGAGGAAAAGCUCAAUCGGGAGAUGGAGCUGCAAAGCUUGGUGCAUAGACAGGUGCUCAGUAUUAAGCAUUAUAAAGAGGAUGCCAUCAGCAAAAUGAAAUCCAGGAUGGAUGAGCUUUCGCAGCAGCUAAAGGCAGAAGUGGAGAAGCGCACCAGAUUGGAUGAAGAGAACAGACGCUUGCUUCAGCAAGUCUCUUCUGUCGAGACCCUCAAUGAGAGCUACACGCGAAUGAAGAGCAUAAUGAUAUACGUGGACGAGGAACUGGGAAUCUUACGGCAGCAGGUGCAGGACCUGGGGAGAUCCAGAGAGGGCUUGUGA